CGACCCUAAGCAGCAGCUUUGAAGCCCGAGCUACUGAACUCAGCAGCUCCAACCCAACUCGGCUUAAGUCAGCCUUUCCAAAUCCGAUUGGAGACUCUCAGCUUCCUGGGUUAGUCUCAGCUCUCUGAUCCUAGCAUCCUCUUCAAUUACAACUAGAAUGCUGUGGCAGGCACUUCGCAGAUUUGGUCGAAAGCUGGUACGGAGACGUACACUGGAGCCAGGCAUGAAUGAGACUCGCCUUGCCAGAUGCCUGAGCACUCUGGACUUAGUGGCCCUGGGUGUGGGCAGCACAUUGGGUGCAGGUGUAUAUGUCCUGGCUGGUGAAGUGGCCAAAGAUAAAGCAGGACCAUCCAUUGUGAUCUCCUUUUUGGUGGCUGCUCUGUCUUCCGUGUUGGCUGGCCUGUGCUAUGCCGAGUUUGGUGCCCGGGUCCCCCGUUCUGGUUCUGCAUAUCUCUACAGCUAUGUCACUGUUGGUGAACUCUGGGCCUUCACCACUGGCUGGAAUCUCAUCCUCUCCUAUGUCAUCGGUACAGCCAGUGUGGCCCGUGCCUGGAGUUCUGCUUUUGACAACCUGAUUGAGAACCGCAUCUCUCAGGCUCUAAAGGCGUCCAUCUCACUGCAUGUGCCACAUUUCCUUGCAGAAUAUCCAGACUUCUUUGCUUUGGGUCUUGUGUUGCUGCUCACGGGAUUGCUGGCUCUGGGGGCUAGUGAGUCCGCCCUGGUUACCAAAGUGUUCACAGGGGUGAACCUUUUGGUUCUUGGUUUUAUCAUCAUCUCUGGCUUCAUUAAGGGAGACCUGCACAACUGGAAUCUCAAUGAAGAGGAUUACGAAUUGACCAAGGCUGGACUCAAUGACACCCAUAGCUUGGGCCCUCUGGGCUCUGGAGGAUUUGUGCCCUUUGGCAUCCAGGGGAUUCUCCGUGGAGCUGCUACCUGUUUCUAUGCAUUUGUUGGUUUCGACUGUAUUGCUACCACUGGGGAAGAGGCCCAGAAUCCACAGCGUUCCAUCCCCAUGAGCAUUGUGAUCUCACUGUUUGUCUGCUUUUUGGCAUACUUUGGUGUCUCUUCGGCACUCACCCUCAUGAUGCCUUACUACCAACUCCAGCCUGAGAGCCCGUUGCCUAAUGCUUUUCUCCAUGUUGGAUGGGAUCCUGCCCGCUAUGUUGUGGCUGUUGGCUCACUCUGUGCUCUUUCUACUAGCCUCUUGGGCUCUAUGUUCCCCAUGCCUCGGGUGAUCUAUGCGAUGGCAGAGGAUGGUCUCCUGUUCCGUGUCCUGGCUAAGAUCCACACCAGCACACAUACCCCCAUCAUGGCCACUGUGGUCUCUGGCAUUGUUGCUGCAUUCAUGGCAUUCCUCUUUGAACUCACUGAUCUUGUGGACCUCAUGUCAAUUGGGACCCUGCUUGCUUACUCUCUGGUGUCCAUUUGUGUUCUCAUUCUCAGGUAUCAGCCUGACCAGGAAAUGAAGUCUGGGGAAGAGGAAGUGGAGUUGCAGGAGGAAAAGAUUCCUGAAGCAGAGAAGCUAACCCUCCAGGGACUAUUUUGCCCACUCAACUCUGUCCCUACUCCACUCUCUGGCCAAAUUGUCUAUGUUUGCUCCUCAUUGCUUGCUCUACUGCUGACUGUCCUUUGCCUGGUGCCAUUUCCACUGCUUUCUGAAGACCCAGUGUGGGUGACAGUGGUUGCACUGCUCCUGAUGCUUAUUAUUGGAACGACUGUGGUCAUCUGCAGACAGCCACAGAACUCCAGUCCCCUUCACUUUAAGGUGCCUGCUGUGCCUUUCCUCCCACUAGUGAGCAUCUUUGUGAAUGUUUACCUUAUGAUGCAGAUGACAGCUGGUACCUGGGCCCGAUUUGGGGUCUGGAUGCUGAUUGGGUUUGCUAUCUACUUCAGCUAUGGGAUCCAGCACAGCCUGGAAGAAGUUAAGCGUGACCAACCCCUACCCAAGUCAAAGGCCAAAACUGUAGACCUUGAUCUCAGCAAUCCAUGUGUCCACUCAAUUUGACAUAAUCACAACCAAGUGCUGGCUGGUCCCCCUGCACAAUAAUGGAGAGUACUCUUGAUCCCAUGGAGAGCUAGCCCUCCCAUAUCAUGUCGGUGGGGGUUACUAAUAGAACUCUGUAUUUAUUGUGGAGUGAAGGAUGUGUCUUUGCUGUUUCUCAUCUAUAUUUUUUUUACUUGUAUACUUUUAAAUGGUCUCUGUAGUUGCUUACUGGCUUUAAA